UUUUUUUUGGUUCCAUGUUUUCGCACACGUUUUUUUCUUAUUCGUUCGAUUCGUUCGACGAUUCUUGAAACAUGGAUCAAAAUAAGGAUUUUUAUGGUGAUUUAAAAGACGAUGACUACCAUUCAUUUGAUGAUUAUAUUGAUGAUGAUCAAGUUGAUAAUGGAGCCGAUGAAUAUGAAGGCGAAGAAGAAACGACCACAACAACAACAGUGCCUGAAGAACCACCAAAAGAACGGUUUGUAUCAAACUUGGAAAAAUUGUCCAAAUUCAAACGAUUACAUCGUGAAGAGGUUCGAAAAAUUCGUGGAAAAGAAAAACGUUUACGACGUAAACGUAAAAAGGAACUUGGAUUACCAAAACAAAUUCCCCGGACAAUCGAAAACACUCGAACACCGAAUGAUGAUCAAGUUGAUGCUGAUGAUGAAGAAAUUCAACUGGAUGAAUCAUUGGAUGAAAUGUCCGCAUAUUUCAGUAAACAAAUUCCACCAAAAGUUUUAAUCACAUCAAGCCAUAAUUCACAUCGUCGUACGAUUAGAUUUUGUCGUGAAUUACGUGAUACAAUUAUUGGUUCGGAAUUACGAUGGCGAAAAAAAUGUCCAUUAAAAAAAUUAGUUAAAUGUGCUAAUGAACGUGGUUAUACUGAUAUUUUGGUUGUCAAUGAAGAUUGGUCUAAACCAAGUAAGUAUAUGUCUUUCAGGACAAUAAUAGUGUUGAAUCUGCCACACAAACUAACAAACUUUGUCAACAUUUCAUCAGAUGCCUUACUACACAUACAUUUACCGAAUGGACCUACUGCUUAUUACCGGCUAAGCAGUAUUCGUUAUUGUAAAGAAUUAAAAAAACGUGCUGCAUAUAAUAAUAGUCAUCCGGAAAUUAUUGUCAACAAUAUGACUACACGUCUUGGUCAUACAAUCGGUCGAAUGUUAGCAUCAUUAUUUCAUUUUCAACCACAAUUUCGUGGCCGUAAAGUGAUUACAUUUCAUAAUCAACGUGAUUAUAUAUUUUUUCGUCAUCAUUUAUAUGAAUUUAAACAAAAUGGACAACGUGUUGCUAUCAGUGAACUUGGCCCUCGAUUUACAAUGAAAUUACAAUCAUUACAAUUGGGUACAUUUGAUUCAAAAUUUGGUGAAUAUGAAUGGAAAUUACAACGUCAUGAACAAGGUGUUAAUCGAAGAAAAUUUUUCCUUUGAAAAAAUUGUCGAUUUUAUUAUGAAAAAUGGGGUAAUUAUAUUAUAAUAAU